AUGAAUGCCUCACGGAAACAUUUCCAGAAUAUCGAAUCUCCUCGUUCAAUUGGAUUUAACAAGUCUAGACUACUAUAUGUGCAUGAUCUCACUUCGUUAGUAUUUGGUUGUGGAGCAGGUAUCCUGCAAUUGGAAUCACAAAAAGGGUUUGGAAUGUUCAUUGCUAGCUACAUAUUCGUCUCGUUGCUGUUUGUGGUGUGGAUAUGCCAGUUGAAUCCUCAGAAGUACUUCCAAAAUCCAGUUAAGGACAUUUUCUUUAAUUCGCUGAUAAGGGAACUUGCAGGAUUUGUAAUGUCUUGGACAUUUACUUAUGCGUUGUUGGGAUGA